CAUUGGCAAUUUGUUUUGUGUCAAAUUGACGAAGUUCGUGCAACUUCGAUUAAUUCCUUUUAUAUAAAAUUUAAUAUAGUACACUAUUACGAAGUAAUAAAUGAAAGUGGAGCAUUUAACCAUAAAGAGUUGUGUUAAUCAACGAUGAACAAUAGGCAUUUUUGAAAAAAUUACUGGAUAUGUUUUCUGUGUCGAGUUGAAUCAUCGGGGUUGGGCAGCCACUAACCCAACUGCUCCGUCUACGAGUAUUUGUGUGGAUAUGAAUGAUAUUUAUAGUGCUGAGGUUAGCAAAUGUGCAUUCCUUCGUGAUUAUGGUCCAAGUGGUUUUUGACGAAUUAUCGCUAUUUAGUGAAUAAAAGGAAAGAAAAAAAUUUCUCGACAGGACUACAUCCUGUAUUUUUAAGGGUGGGAUACGACAAUACUGCAAAAAGGUACAAAGUAAAAUAAAAGCAAAAAAAUACAUAUAUUGCAGAAAUGUCUGCGAAUUUGAUGGAAAAUUUAGCAGCACUUCCUGCUGAUGUACGAGAAAAGUUAGCGGAGCUGGAUUUGGAAUUAUCUGAAGGCGACAUAACACAGAAGGGAUACGAAAAGAAGAGAGCAAAAUUGCUACAACCAUUUUUAAUACCGACCACCGAAGGCAAUGACUCAAAAUUGGACAAGUGCGAUAAACCCAUUCCUCCUUAUUAUAAUAUUAAAACGCCACAACAACCGCAAAACCCAAAGACUGUGAAAGACGGAGCCUUAGUAUCGAGUGAGGGAUACAGUUACGUAACUGAAGUCCCAUCACUGCCAUCAUCUCAUCAAAGACAUUCCAAUGCAUCAAAAAAAUCAGAUCAUUCAGUGAGUGGGGGUGGUAGUGGUGGCGGUGGAGGUGGUGGUGGUGGCAGUGGAAGUGGUGGACAUAUAGAAAGAUCCGAGUCAAGUCAUCAACAUAGCAGACAACGACGUACACAACGGAAAAUUACACAUAAUGAAAAACGUUAUCAUUCCGAAGUGCGACAAGAAGCUGUACAACAAGCGCUUGCAGCACUGAAAACUCGUCCGAAGCCCAGUUUACCAAUGCCAUCGAAGAGAAGUUCUGUGCUCAAUCGAAGUCCGGAUCGCAAUAAUGAUGAUAUUGAUUCGUCGACUGAUGAAGAAUCCAUUCCUGAGGAAACAAUUUCUCCCGACAAGGAGUAUAAUUAUCCACGUGAUCAUGUUAGUAAUAUUAUGGAACCAAUUAUAAAACCACCCAUACGUGAUUCAUCAAUGGGUGGUGCACAAAACAAACAUAAAUAUCCGGAAAGGCGACCACCACAAAAUUUGCCCCCACUGGUAAGAGUUUUUUGCACUUAUAUUUAAUAUACAUUAUAUCAU